UGCCCUCCACUCCACCGUUCCCCACGCCUCCCCACCCCACAUGCGAGCCUGGCGGCGCCCGCGCCCCUAUCCCUUCCACGGUUCCGCCUGGCGACUCACGAGUCGCAACUUCGCGACUAGAGGACGACGCGAGUACGCGACCGCUACGGAUAGCGCUGCAGGAGCUCGUGUCUGCCGGUUCGACGCCAUGGCGAGCACCAAGAAGGAGACGGCCGGCGGGUCUAUUGUAAACGUCAGGGUUUUAAUUUAUUUGGGAGGGGAAAUCGCUUCGAUCCCUGGAGCUGCUGGAGAAAGGGAAGGUCACUGGAGAGCGCACAUGGAAGAUCGAUGGGGGCUGCAGCUAAAGUACUUAAAAUCAUUUGCUUUGUCUUACAUACAUAUUUCAUUUGGCUGGGACUUCAGGCAAGCCUGUGCGCUAUUGGCAACCGCUUCUGGUGGACAGGUGGAAACAGUCAUGAGAAUACGGGAUCAUGUAAAUUUAAAGUGUCGGUUGGAAAUAUGAACUGAUUUAAAGUGUCAAGGUUGAGUUGGAUUCACGAGCAGGUAGCACCUUCUCGACAGCAAGCCAAUUGAAGUGUUCAUAUCCCUAGGGAUGAAAUCUCUUUGUUCAAAUGUAGUUAUUCUUAGAAUUAGUUGUCAAAUGACUGUCAAAACAAAUGGUUAUGAGCUAGGUCAAUUUUGUACUUUGUUGUUCAAUGUAACUAUUGUGGACAUGCUAAUACAUGAAUGAAUCAAUAUUUUUUUGUAUGAUUGUUGUAGCUUAUGAGCUAUGAUGCAUGUUAAUACAGUGAUCUGGGCUGCUUAUGUUUGA